AUGUCCGAUAUUGACAAGAUUAUAUCAGACGUGGCUGUGGAGAAGAAGGUGGCCACAGAAGUUUCAGACAAGAGGAAGAAGGCUAAAGAAAUCUCUUUGGAAGAAGCAGACUUCGACCUACGGCACCUGGGCGGCCAGCAGCUUUCCAAAGAGGAUAUGGCAGAGUUGAAGGAUUUUUCUAUCAACUACGGCUACAAACCGGGGUCCAUGCUCUUUGGUGGAGUGGACGAAGAAGUUAUAGGAUGCAUCCGCGAUCGUGCCGGUGCAAAAAUUAUAGGCACCCUAUCAAAGAGCAUCGGAUUCCUGAAGCUUGAGAAGGAUAUCAGCUGUUACAGGCGCCAGCAUAUCAUAGGGAGCCUGUUUUAUUCGAACUUUAAAGAGCCCUCUCUCCUUGCACUUGGCUAUUUUGCACUCCCACCCCUCAAAAAUUUUCAGCCGCCACUCUCUUCCUCCUCCCACGCGCAGCAGCAUGGCACCCUUUCUUCCUCCCUGCUCCACGGCAGCAGGCAUGGGGCUUGGCUUCUCUCUCCCAUGGUGAGCAGGCCCUCUCCUUCCCCAUGGGCGCGCCCCCUUCAGGCUUGGCUGCAGGGACAGCGCCCUCCUUUCCCUCUGCUGUCCAGGCGCGGACGCCCCUUUCCCAUGGCCGAGCUCAAGCUGCCGGGACCCGACGCGGCGCCCCUCUGUUGCAGGUCGAGCGUCCUCCUUGCUCCUCCUCCUAGCGAGCGGCUGCAGCAGGGAGCCUUUCUCCCCUACGCGCUGGAGCUCCUUGGGCCGACCUCGGCGAGGUCCAUGUCCAUGGCGACGCAGCAGCUCCAUUCCUCCAUGGCCAUGGCGCCCCCUCCCUCCUCUUCCCUGCCGCGGCGAGGAAACGCCGGAACUCGUGCCCUCUCUCUGGUUUGGGUGGAGCAGCGCCUUCCCCUGCUAUCUCCUCCCCGACGCCCGUUGGAGAUGGCACCCAAUAGCCCCGGCACCUUCCUUUGCUUCGUCUCGCUGCCACCGCUGCGCACGUGCCAAGUGUUCGACAAAAUGUCGAGGGAGACGUGUUGUUGCAGCACUGUCGGCGCUCACCGGUUGGUUGCUGUUUUUGCGCAGCCCCAACAUCAUCGUCGAUCACCACCAGAGUGGAACCCCGUGUUUUGCGAGGAGAAGGCAAGCCGCUCAACGCUCGUCGGACGUGCGGGGCUAUGCACAAAUCGGAAUCGCCAUCGUUCUUACAAACACCGAUUGGGUUUGUUUUUGGUGAGCCGGUGCAUGUCGCUCUCGAUUGACUCGAUUAAUAAAUUAUAUAGAUGUGUGUAAAAUGUUUCGGUAUUACGCAUUGGUAGGAUCACAUUUGUGAUUGGAGAACAAGAGGUUGUUUGAUGUGUGCGAUUUGUAGUUUGUAUAAUUAUGUUUUGGUCGAUGUGGUGUACAUUG